AUGGCCGUCUCAACGCCCGUCGUCCAAGACUCGCCCAUGGUCGUCUUGGUCUCGACCAGGGCCGUCAUCACCCUCCCCGACGACACCCUGGUCCUCACCCCGGCCACCAUCUGCAUAUCCCCCGCCACGGGCAAGAUCGUGUCCGUCGCCCCUUCGGUGCUGCCCCAGUCCUCCUUCCCGCCCUCGGCCCUGUACAUAGACCACUCCCCCAAGCUGCUCCUGCCGGGCCUCGUCGACGCCCACGUCCACCUCAACGAGCCCGGCAGGACGGAGUGGGAGGGCUUCUACACCGGCACCAGGGCCGCCGCGUCGGGCGGCGUCACCACCGUCAUCGACAUGCCCCUGAACGCCAUCCCGCCCACCACCACCCUCGCCGGCCUCAAGGAGAAGCUCGCCGCCAGCCGGGACCAGUGCUGGGUAGACGUCGGCUUCUACGGCGGCGUCAUCCCCGGCAACGCCCACGAGCUGCUGCCGCUGGUCGACGCCGGCGUCCGCGGCUUCAAGGGCUUCCUCAUCGAGUCGGGUGUCGAAGAGUUCCCCGCCGUCUCGUCCAAGGACAUCGCCCUGGCCAUGACCACCCUCAAGGACACCCCCACCACCCUCAUGUUCCACGCCGAGAUGAUCCCGCCCAUCGCCGAGUCGGUCGGCGACGCCGUCCUGCACUCGGAGCCGCCCCUCGCCCCCGCCGGAGACCUCACCUCGUACAGCACCUUCCUCGAGUCCCGCCCGCCCGUCUUCGAGACCUGCGCCGUCGAGGAGAUCCUCUCCCUGUCGCACCUCGCGCCGCGCCUGCACCUGCACAUCGUCCACCUGUCGGCGACCGAGUGCAUCCCCAUCCUCAAGAGGGCGCGCGCCGCGGGCGUCAACGUCACGGCCGAGACGUGCUUCCACUACCUCGGCCUGGCGGCGGACCGCAUCGACGACGGCGACACGCGCCACAAGUGCUGCCCGCCCAUCCGCUCGCAGGCCAACCAGGACCGGCUCUGGGCCGAGCUCGCGGCCCCGGACUCGGUCAUCAAGACCGUCGUCUCGGACCACAGCCCCUGCACGCCCGAGCUCAAGCUCCUGCCCGGCCACCUCGCCGCCCGGCCCGAGGACGACGACGCCCGCCGCCGCCACCCGCGCCGGCCGUCCUUGCUGCACCAGCCCGACUCGGCCGUCGACCUGUCCCUGCCCGCCGACGAGGCCGCCAUCGCCGACGCCGACGCCGCCUCCGUCGCCGCCAAGCACCAGCGCGCGGCGGGCGACUUCUUCGCCGCCUGGGGCGGCAUCUCCUCCGUCGGCCUGGGCCUGCCCAUCCUGCACACCGAGGCCCACGAGCGGCGGCGCCGGCUGCUGCUCUCCCGCUCGUCCCCGUCCGCGACCCCGGCCGCGGUCCCGACCGUCGUCGACAUGGUCCGCCUCUGCGCCCAGGCCACGGCCCGGCAGGUCGGGCUCGCGCACCGCAAGGGCGGCCUGCGCGCGGGCCUCGACGCCGACGUCGCCGUCUUCGACGACGCGCUCGAGUGGACCCUGCGCGCCGGCGACAUGCGCUGGCGCAACCGGUGCUCGCCCUGGGAGGGCAAGAAGUUCCGCGGGCGCGUGGCCGAGACGUGGGUGCGCGGCCGGAAAGUGUACGAGCUCGGCGGCGCGGGCGGCGGGUUCGUGGGCGGGCGGCCCGUCGGCGAGGCGAUUGUCGAGCGGAGGACGGUGUAG